AUGGGCUCAAGGACGCUGCAAUCAGCGGCGCUGCUGCUCGCCGGCGCCGUCGUCGGUGUUCGCAGCGACGUGCCCUUUAUGACGGAACUGGACAUCUUUAGCCAGCUUGCACCAUGCGUCACCUCGGGCGUCACCAACGCCUACCUCUGGGAACAAGACACCACCGCGUGCGGCUCGGAGCCGACCAAGCUGCAGUCGUGCAUCUGCACCAACUCGGCCGAGCUGGGCAAGAUGUCGGCGUCGAUCCGCAGCGCCGUGUCCUCGCGGUGCGGCACCAAGGCCGACGACGACCAGAGCUCCGCGGCGGCGCUGGUCGACAAGUACUGCCACCCGGACCGCACCAUCACCUUUUCCACGCCGACGACCAACAUCAUCCCGGGCGUCAUGAGCGACGUCGCGGCCAUUUCCUCGCUGCCGCCGUGCGUGCAGUCGGGCAUCUCGGCCGCUGUGACUGCUGCUGCGUACGAUGGCUGCCCGACCGUCGCCAACAUGUGGGCGCCCUGCGUAUGCUCCAAGAAGAACGUCGUCGACCAGAUCGGCUCAAGCCUCGGCCAGCAGGUGCGCAGCUCGUGCUCCAACGCCGACGACGUCACCCUGGCGUCGAGCUUCUACACCCAGUUCUGCGCCAUGAACCAGGGAACCACGUCCUUUGGCGCCAUGCCGGGGCCUCCAGGUGACAUGACCUACUACAUCACCGCCCUGCCUCAGUUCUCCUCCCUACACUCCUGCGCCCAGAGCGGCGUCAUCCAAGCCGUCAUGUCGCAAUCCACCUACCUGUGCGCCUCCGGUCCGCAGGCGCUCGCCUCGUGUGUCUGCCUCAAGCCCGGCAUCCUCGGCAAGGCCUCGCAGAGCCUGACCAGCAGCGUCAAGUAUGCCUGCGACAACACGGCCCUCGCCGACGUCGCCUCGGCCGCCUCCGUGCUCGACUACUACUGCCAGGCGGCCCAGAAGAAAGUCGUCGCCACCGUCAGCCAGUCCAUCUCCGAGACCAAGGCAACCGCCACCACCGCGGGCGGCCAGGCCACGCGCCAGACCUCCGGCAGUGCGCCGGAAAACACGAGCGGCGGCGGUGGUGGUGGUGGUGGUGGCGGCGGAAGCGGCAGAGGCGGGCUGGGAAGGGGAGCCAUCAUCGCCAUUGCCGUGCUGGGCGCGCUGGUCGUCAUCGGCCUGAUCGCGUUCGUCGCCAUCUUUGUCCGUCGUCGCAAGCGCAAAGCUGCCGCGGCGACAGACGCGGGAGAGCAGCCACCUCAUCCGCCACACUCGGAGCUGGCGACAAACUCGCCGUCGUCAGAGAUAGACGGCAAGCCGGCGUACCCGCCGCCGUCCAUCUCCGAGGUCGCGGCCACGCCGAGCCCCUACCAACGACACACCGAGCUCUCGGCGGGCACCCCGCACCAGCAGCACCAAGCCGUCUCGCCGAGCGAGCUGAGCAGCCCCGGGGCGCAGAGUGCGACAUACGGGGGGGCGAACAAUCCGCAUAAUCCGAAUCAGAACUGGGCGCCCCCGGGCCAGGUCAUGUACGAGCUCGACUCGUCCAGUCCCGCGGCGCCUCAUGCCAAGUAG